UCCUCAUUUAGCCUAAGCUACAGUAUGACACAGGACACAUGCACACAGCCAUGGUAAUUGUUAUGACGGACCUGUUAUUUGCAUUCGUAGUAGCAUUGACCUUCAUGAGCUAUGAGCUACAACAAAAUUGUGUCGGUGGGUCCCCAAGGAGAGAUUUGAGAACAUCAAACUCUCUCCUGGCGGCAUUAGAGGGUGGCCAUGCUCAGUCAAGUGUGUGCGGUACUGCUCCUCUCAACACUAAGAUCGUUGGAGGUCAGGAUGCUGCUCCAGGGAGCUGGCCGUGGCAGGUCAGUCUUCAAAAUGACCAGGGACAUUUUUGUGGAGGCUCCCUUAUCAACAACGGUUGGGUGCUGACUGCUGCUCACUGCUUCCCCAGCACCAACACAUCUGGUUUGCUUGUCUACCUGGGGCGGCAGUAUCAGCAAAGCAUUAACCCCAACGAGGUGUCCCAAUCGAUCGCUCAAAUCAUCGUCCACCCAAGCUACAACAUUGCAACACAUGACAACGACAUAUGUCUCCUGCAGCUCUCAUCAUCUGUAGCCUUCACUGACUACAUCCAGCCAGUCUGCUUGGCGGCUGCAGACAGUACCUUCUUCAAUGGAACUGUUAGCUGGGUCACCGGAUGGGGAAAUAUCAACAGUAAUGUGCCUCUACCCUCCCCUGGGAACCUACAGGAGGUGGAAGUCCCAGUAGUGGGGAACAGGCAGUGUACCUGUCUCUAUGCGGGAGUGGAUACAAUCACCAACAACAUGCUCUGUGCUGGCCUACUAGCUGGAGGAAUGGAUGCCUGCCAGGGAGACUCCGGGGGGCCAAUGGUGAGCAAACAAGGCCAGGUGUGGAUUCAGGCUGGAGUUGUAAGUUUCGGACAAGGCUGUGCCCAAGCAGAUUUUCCAGGAGUGUACGCCAGAGUAUCCCAAUACCAGGACUGGAUCAACAGCCAGAUUAGUACUAACCCUCCUGGCUUCGUCACAUUCUCCUCCAGUGGGACUGACUCUGACCUAAAUGUCACCUGUGCUGCACUGUCCCGGGGGACCACAUUCCACUUCUCCUCCUUCUUUUUCUCCAUAUUUCCUCUUUAUCUCUCUCUUCAUCUCUCUUCAUAGGUAGCAACAAGCAUGCCCAACUAACCUGAGUAUCUGUCCUAGGAUUGCACAUUUUCCUAAAAUCUAAAUGGCACCAUUCCUGGAAUAAUAACAAUAAUCCACAAUUACGGAAUCCUCCCACAGCAUUUAGGGUGUAAAAAUCACCACAGAUUUUAAUAAUUUAUAAUAUAGUAUAUGCAAAUGAGAAAUUUUGAUAUUUAUUUUAAUAAUGGUCAUAUUAAGAACAUUUGUGCAAAAGAGCCUAAUUUUUUUAAAUUAUACAAUAAAUGUAUUACAACUCCCA